AGAGAGAGCGAGGCAGGCAGGCAGGCAGCCAGCCAGGCAGGAAGAAAGACAGGAGCAACGCGCGGGGAGCGUGAACAUCUGAUCGUUUGACGCGACACGCGACGCCGUGAGUCCCGUGGGUUUACUCAUUGCACACGUUGUGACACGCGAAACGCGUCGACGGACGCUGUCAUCCCCCGCGUUUCCCCUCUAAUACGUUCUAAUCGCACGUGUUCCUUUGCAGCCGACAGCUUCGCCGGUGGAUUCAGUGGUCGACGGCUCUUGCAGCUUAAGAGGUUAAGUGGGGAUGUCGAUUGGAGUAUUCGGUCGUCCAUAACGCGAGCGUUAGCCCGUGUGGAUACGCGAGGCGAGGGAUAGAUAUGCACGAUGAACCUCGGCAUCCCCGACACGCGAGCCUACAUGAGAGACAAACCGCGAGCUCGGGAGAGAAGACCCAUCGACUGCGAUUCAGUGCAAUAAGCGUACAUCUGUGAGGACGAGAUGCACGUUAACAUGCGCGCACGCUGUUAAACUGCCAAAGAUCCGUGUGCUACUAGCUACUGUAUCGAGUGAGUUUGUUGAGACGAUAUCGAGGUGCUAAAGACUAAAGAGUGUAAUGAGUUAUAGUAACUUUAAUCGAGGAAGGGGCUUCGGACCGCAAGGUACACAUGCCGCGCGUCGCUUCGGCAGACCCCGAUUCCCGCGUCCGCCCUUCCGACAUGCAGCACCACCACCACCACCACCAAGGUCAGGGCAUCCAGGAUCAUUCGGCAUGCCCUGGCAACCAAACAACAGGUUUUUUCAGCCCCACCUGAUACGUGGCAAUCCGCAGUUCAGACUAGAUAAUAGAAGAAGAAGAUUUUGCAAUUAUGAUGUUCGAUUUCCUCCUCCUAACAGAUUACCUGUACAUCUGAAUUAUGAGGAGACUGCUGUAUCGCAACCAGAUAAUCUACAGGUAGAAAUCAAUCAGCCUGAUACUGUGCCACAACCUCCUCUGCUCGGUUCCGAAGAAGAGCGACAGCAGAAGAUAACUGAAACAGCGGAUCGUCUAAAGCAGAAACUUUCUUCGUUUAACAGUAAUGAAAUGAUAAACAUUUGGAGUGAUAAUAUACCAAUAUCUGGUAUUACAGAUGAUGAUUGUACAGAGUCUAGAAAAAUUCCUACAGUCGGAUACAAAUCAUCUGAGCUCAAUUUGACUUAUAAUGAUUUAAAGGAUAUUGGAAAAAUAAAUUCUGAUAAUAUAAAACCUGACAAUGUACAGCAUACAACAGAUAUAUUAAAUAUUACAGACAGCGAUGUCAUAGACGAAAACAAAGAUGACUCUCAUCUAUUAAUAUCUAAUGAUCAAUUGACAAAUCUGGAAAAUGUGCCAGAUGAUAAUGAAUAUAUGGAAACGGACAAUUGGGAAUUUCAUGAGGCAGUUGAUAAUUUAGAACAAUCAAAUUUACAUGGAGAUAAUAAUGUCGAAAACGAAUUACUGGAAUCUGAACUUCAGUAUAAUGCACCAAUAACUAGUAUCUCACAAGAUCAAGAUAACCAGCAGAAUUGUUCACAAGCCUUUGAGGUGUAUCCUGCAGAUGCUCUGAAAGACCAAGCUGAACCUGAAACAUUGGAUUUACAAGCUAUGUCACUUUCAAUUGACACAGAAAAUCAAAACAUCUUGCAGAAUAAUGUAUCGCAAAAUGAAGAAAAUUUGUUCACAAAUUCAGAAGUUGAAGAAAAUGUUUUAAAUUCUCAGACAGAAAAUUCGAAUAAUAAUUGCACAUCGAUACAGCCACCACUAAUUGAUAUACCAAUGAAGAAUGUUGUAUUAGAUAAUCGAGUAUCAACAGUGAAGGAAAAUUCGUCUCAAAGUGAUCCACCAAAAUUAUCGCCGCAAAUCGAACAGGAAUUGCCUAUUGAUUUUGAUCCAACUACUCCACCACCGAUACUAUUGAAGCAAGAACAGCUAUGUGUACUACCUGCAUAUCCAAUACCUGAUUUACCACCGUUAUUUGAUCCUACGGCUCCACCACCGAAUAUGAAGUGUUUACUCGGAUCAAAUAUUUCCCAUGAAGACGCAAAUUCUGCAUGGAAUAUUAAUGUUGUAAAUCCGAUACCUGUUGUCUAUAAUAACAUGGAAGUUCACCCGUGUUUAAAUACACAUGGAGGAUUUAUAUCUCAACAAUUACCGUUAGAAAUGUCCAGCCAAAGUAAUGUUUUUCUACCACCUCCUAUGGAUACUGUCAAUUUUUCUCCGAUAUAUCCUAUACCAUCAAAUCAUUCUACUAUCAAUACACACGUUCCGCCAGCAUUGCCUCAAGUCUAUACAGCAUCUAACGCUUAUGUAUCCCCAUCUUCCCCACCACAACUUUCCCCGUCUUCUGAUUUGCAUUGCAGUGUGAAUAAAGAUGAUGGUUUGAGUGAUAUGCAGGAAGCUAUGAGAUUUGCGAAAGAAAUGACAAGCAUAGGAAAAACGGAUGAUGAAUCUAGAUCAAGUUCCAAAUCUCUUUCCGAAAGUAGCGCCUCAGUUAAUCGUGUUGGCAACGUAGAAUCUAUAGCUUUGCCUCCAGGGAAGCCAAAGGUCAAAAUUAAUAAGCCAAAAAAGAUAAAACAAGAUGACACGAAUAGCAAGAGGAAAAUAGUUCCCGAUGAACAAGGGGUAACAAACGAUCUGCCGUCAGAAGGAACGAUACAAGUAGAAGAUACAAAUGUAAAGUCUAAGGAUGCUUCAUUAAUGAAGGAACAAGAUCGCCCUAAAGUGGUAUUUAAUUUGAAUAAUAAAACAAAAGUGGUAAAUACUAAGGGAGCUUGGCAAGAAAAUAGCGAGAAAAGAAAUGGUAUAACGCAAUCUAUGGAAUCAGAAAAUGUGCAGGCAGCAGUUAUGAUAACGAAGAAGAAUUCUGAAAAUACGUUAAGACGUAAAAGAGAGGAGGAAAAGAAUUUGAAAAGAAAUGAAGAUAAUUCUGAACGUGCGAUAUCAUCCAUAUUGAUUACAAAUCAGGGUACCACAUUGCUUCACAAAAAAUCACAAAAGAAUAUCCAAACGGAAAAAUCUCGAUGUUCCAGCAGGUCGCCGUACUCAAAAGUUAACUUGCAAAAUUCGAGGAUUUGUGCAGAGAAAAACGAGAGUUCCAAUUCAGAAGCUUCUUGGAAGAACAGAAUUAUCAGUCGAUUUUUGAAAAUGAGCAAAAACGAUAUCUAUAACAUGGUAAAUAAUACUAGUCUUCGAAAGUUUGAUAUUAUAAUGAAACGUCUAGUCAAAGAACAAAAGUCUACAUUAUCGUUGGAGAUGAGACACGCGCAAGAUGAGAAGAUGAAACUGUACGAUCAACAGGAAUUUAUGAAGCAAUUGAGCGCAAUGUUAGAUACCGAUGCUAUUGUAUCCGUUACGGAUCUGCCUACGGAGUUCAUUCAUCAUUUGAAUGAAGUAUUACAAUUGGACGUACAACCAGACAAUCAUGCCGAGUUCGCAACAACUUCGAGUAGCCAAUGUAGUCAAUUGGAAGAUACAAGUCAUACGUUCAAUCUCAUAACACAUAACGCCACAGAGUACGCGAGUAAAACAAUAACGUCAUCAAAUGCUGUUGCUCAAGAAAGUGUAAAGAACAAAGCUCGCGCGGCAAAAACGAAACAUAAUAAGGAUAUUGAACAGGCAUAUAAUAAAAAUAAAAAUAAUAAUUUUAAUUUGAAAGAUGACGCUUGCAACGCUAUUACAGCUGAUGCAUCUAGCAUCACUAAUUUGUCGACUCUGCAACAUGAUCUGGAUGAUAUAUUUUCAGAAGUGACGAAAAAAAUUCAAAUUCCUACGGUAAUAAAAGAACGUAAACGUUGCACGAUGGAAUUAAGAAACGCAAAGAAAUUUGACAUUGAUACGCCUUUGUCGAGAAGCAUAGAGAAAGAGGCACCCUUUGAAGAUAACAGAGCAUUCAGAUCGGAGAAUUCCCCGCACUGGGACGAAAAGUGUGACAAAUGGAAAAGGAAGGAACGGGAAGAUCCGCAUGCAUACAGAAAUCUUACCAAAGAAGAAUGGGAAGCGAGAUAUGGGACGCAAGCAAAUUCAGUGCCUUCCGUAUCUCUUUCUAUACCUCUUUGUGUAACACCUGUACCUCCUCCUCUCUCUCCUUCCGUUCCUUUGUCUAUACCUCCUACAAAAAACAUGAAUGUUAACAACAAGAAAUUAUCAAGCAGAGGACGUGGUAGAAGAGUUCAUUCGCGACGUCGUCAUUCGUCUGAAUCUUCGAGGCAGCCGACCACGAGACACAGAACUUUGGAGAAGGACAAGCAUAAGAGAUCUAGGCGACAUAGCGACGAUAGGAGACAUAGUGCGGGAUACUUGGAGCAUAAUAAUGAUCACGAAAGGAUGAACAGGAGCAGCAGCACUAGCAGUACUAGUAGCAGCAGCAGCAGCAGUACUAGUAGCAGUAGCAGCAGCAGUAAUAACAGUGAUAACACAAAUGUUACGAAGCUUUUGAGAGCGAUAAAAGAGAAGGAGAAGGUAGCCAAGAAGAUGACAUUGAACGAAGCGAUAAGAGACGAGGUGAACGCCGAGAUUCAGCGAGAGCGAAAAUCGAGGAAAUCGCGAAAGAAUCAUAAAAACGCGAAAGGCCGAAAACAGAGGAAGACACGCCAUAAUAAGAGAAGGAGGAAACAAAAUAAGAGAACGAUGAACUCGUCCGACUCCUCCUCGGGGAAGGACACCAACGAGGAAAUAGUCGACAGGUUACUGACGGAGGAAGAGAUUAAGAAGGAAGUCGUAGACGACACGAUCGUGCAGCAAGUAAUUGUUAAAGAGGAGGUAGACAUUGGCCAAGAAGACAAUAUGGGAGCUGAAUUUGCAAACGAAUCUUCGAAUCUCACGCUCAUGGAGAGUAGUAAGGCGGCAUAUUUGUUCUCCGAAUCGCAAACCAGGUACGAAUCCUCAAUGCGAGAGAUGAUUCCGCUGACGGCCGCGCAGCUACACACCGAGGACAGACUGCCAACGGCUUCCCCGACGCAGCCAAAAACUAAAGCACAAUUGAAGCAGAUGCCGGAAACAUCCGAUAUGAACGACAAUAAAGUUCCCCUGAAUAUAAUCACCAGCAUACCGGAAGAUUGGGAUACGUUUAAUCCGAUGAAUUUCUCGGGGUACACUUUGGAGAGUUCAGACAAAUCGGCAACCGAUCCCGAUCAUCACGUUGAUCAGGACGAGGCUAAAGUUCCAUCGGAAAUUGACAAUUUGACAGGACAUCGAAACAGCAAUGCCGCGCACGUGACACCACGUGACAGAGUUAACGAAACUGCAUUACCGCAACGAUCGGAUGCAACGGUGUGCGCUUCUACCGAGUCGUCUCGCACCAAAGAGAUGCAAGAUGGAAAUGGCACCUCAACUGCCGAUAACGACGUAUCAAAUAAAGUAUCAACGGUUGCCACGUCAGCGUCGUCGGUAUCGAGUGCAAGUCCGGCUGCAAGAGUAGCACCGUGGCUCAGAAGCAAGGACCAGCAAAAGAUCGACAUAAAGACGUACUACGAGCGCGCCACGCGACGUCGCAAGAGCGAGAAGUUAGAGUCGAAGAAACCGGCGGAGAGUCCCGCGAGCACACCGGCAAAUUCAAUUUCGGCAGCACCGAAAGCCACGGGGCCGGAAAUCGCAAUCGACAAACCUACACUCGUAUCCGCAUGCGGCGGCUCCGUUCAGGACCCGCGAUUAGUUUCAGCGGCGCGAAUAGUCGUUGUUCCGUGCGCAACGAGUAACAAAGAUGAUGCCGCAUCGGCAACUCCGUCUGAAAAAGAUGUUGGACAGAAAAAAAAACAAGUGGCAAAGGAAUCCAAGAUCGCGGAAUUAGCGCCGAAAUCUUCUGAAGAAAAUACGAAUAAUCGUGUCGUCGGCAACGAUAGCGCCAUUAAAAAGCUUAAUCAAAAAAGGGAUAAGUCAAAGGAUCAGGACAAAACAUUUGCCGCUGAGAGUAAUAAAGUGUCCAACGUUGUUGAGGCAACGUCUAAGAUUAAAUCCCAAAAACGUUCGAAGAUUGAAGAAGAUACGAGAGAUAAAAAAUUACAAGGUAAAGUCCCGUCUGAUUGUAAACGAUUUAAAAAUAUUCGAUCGGAAGGUAGCAAAGAGUUGAAAUUAAGGGAAAUGGCGAAAGAACAAAAAGCGAAAAAGAAGUCUGCUACGGUGUCAAAGUCUGACGGUGGUGGUCUGGUUUCGACAAAAAUAUAUGAUUCUAUGGGAAAGACAUCGAGGAGUGAGAGUACGCAAGUGGCUCGGGAAAAGAAGAAUGAUGACAUUAAGGAUAUAAACAAAGUGGAAACAACGGAACAAACCGCGCAAUUAAUAAGCUCUCGUGAAAGUAAGAAAAAUAAUAGCAAAAAGAAAAUAGAAUCGUCGACGGGAAAGGCUGAUAAUAAUAAUAAGUCAUUGUGCGAUACCGGUAAGGCGAAAGAACGUUCUUCAAAGUUAGAAUCUCUUGAACGAGGAAAUGUUAAAGAAGCUCUAACUUCUAGUAUCAAAAAUAAUGACGCACCUGAAAAUUCUUCAUUAUCUUUUGAGACGGCACAAAAUGAAGAAGCUAAUGUGAAACAUGCGGAAGAUACGGUAAGCGUUGAGACUGUGAAUACAAGUCAAGGUACAAAAGAAAUGUCUAAUGCUAUUUGUGUUGAAGUCGAUACAACGAGAGUUCCUAGAAGUAUUCAUAAAAUGAAUAAUUCUGAAAUCUCAAGCGAUACUAAGAAAACAACAAACGAAGAAGAGAAUUCCUCUACAUCUACAACCGAGAAUCAACAGUCCGAUUCCACGAGAGAGACGGAGUCUUCAUCGAGUGAAACAAAUCAAAUUAAAAUUAAGGAAUCAAAUUCCGAUUUAUCGAAGAAUACACACGAUCGUGACGUAAGCAGCAUUUCCGAGUUGAACGAGUCUCGAUUGGAUGACGUCGACGGACAGAGAGGUACGGAAGAUCGGUUGUUAAUCAACGAUGAAAUUGAUAAUGCUAAGGAGAACAAUAUGAAACUAGAUGUACCGGACGAUAUAGAUAAAUCUACAACAAGUACGAGCGAGCAAAAUUUUGUGGCUGAAACAACUGCCGAAUCGUUAUCAACUUCAACAAAUGAAAGCACUCGACAACAGCAGAAUACAAAGAAUGGUGUUAUCUCUCCCGACAGCGCAGGUAGUCCAUUUAAAGGCUUUCUUCAAGAAACCGUCAUGGAUUUUGAACAGUCGAGCGGCGAUAACUUGUUCGACCUGAAAUUGGACGAAGUCGACGCCGAUAAAAAGAACAAGUUAUUUUUAAAUGAUUGUAAUGUAGAUUAUGUUGCUAAUUGCAAGGAUACGAAAAUCGACGACGAAGGACGGCAGAAUUACGAAAUGCUAAGCUCUGCUACCGAUUAUGCUAACGAUGCAAAUAUUAAUGUCAAUGAGAAUUUUAAUAUCGCUUUCGGCGACGCUUUACUUGUUUCAGAUAAGGAAUGUGCGACGAACGGGAAGAGUGAUAAAUCCGAUUUGAUGGCGGUCGAAAGUAGAGAGGAACGCGUAAGAGAAUCUUCGAGCGAAAUAGUCACGACGACGUUACACGACGAGGACAACGACAUCGAUAUCGGUGGUAUCGGUGAGAGUAGCGAAGCGGAAAGGCGAUUGAUGAGGAAAGGGAGAUACCCAUCGUGCGCGGAAUUAGAGAUUAAAGAGGCCAUGUUUAUUAACGAGGACGAGAUCAUUCUCACUCAGGGUGAGAAUCGGUCCAAGGAUUUGACGAGUAAACUGCUCAAAACGACAACCGAUCCCAGCUUGUCCGACGCCCUGGAAGCGACGGCCUCGGACGAUGCGUUAAGACUGUCGGAAAAUCACGUCGCGGAACACCUCGACAAUCAUCACAUGUAUCUGGAAACGAAUAUAUCCCCGGAGAAGGUCCCCCCCUGCGACAAAUUGCCGGACUUCGAUUCUGACGAGCAUCUGGAUAACAUGUUCUAUUUGGACGAUCGUUUGCGAGGCGCCGCCGCGUUCGACAACAAGGACGACGAAUCCGGGCAUUUCUCCGUUCACGAGUCCCCCCCGGGUCCCCGUUACGACGACAUCACGCCGACGGUGACGCCGGACGCGGAGACGAUGCUGAUCACGUCCUGCGCGGAUCUAUCGACGGCGGACGUGACGCCGCGGAUCGGCGAGAUCGGCGAGAUCGGCGAGAUCGGCGAGAUCGGCGAGAUCGGCGAGAUCUCGAAGCCGGAGGAAUGUGAAUUCGAUUUCAAGCGCAUCUCGUCGUCGGACAACUGCGACUUACUUGCCACGGGAAUUACAGCUUCGACGGAACGGCCCGCCACGCCGAGCGACGUACCGGCGAGAACGCUGAAUAUUCCGACUAAAGCCGCGUUGAAGGAAGCCGCGACGAAUCUCUUUCUGAAACCGCCGAAUAACGACGUGCCGACGGCGACCAAGGAGGACGUGACGCUCGAGAUAUUGGAUAAGGCGCAACGAUGCGAGGCGGAUCUGGAUUACGAUCGGACGUCCGCGUGGCACAUACGAGAUAUACAAAACAACAGAAAAACGAAGGAGUUUCCGCUGGAAAUAACUCGUAAUAACACAAUGAUUGCCGCGCCGGCAGAUUUUGUAAACACGAUAUCGUCGACACAAAAUAACACGUGCGACGAUCUAGCUUGCCAAGUAGUUAGCGCUACUCACGAGAGAGCUCCUUCCAUUAAUCUAAAAGAGAAACGUUUUCCCGGCAUGCAACGUACCCCGGUUGUUGAAUUAACCAAGUUGAAAGAGGUCGAAAAGCUGUUGGAAAAGAGGGGAAAUUCUGAGAGGGCGAACGAGAGAGUUGCCGAAAGUCGGGAGAAGCGCAACGGUACGAUAUUGAAUAAGUUGAAAGACAAGCGAAAGAUGAAAUACCAAGUCAAAAGACGAUCGAACAGGGACAGCCUGACGAGGAGGCUCAAGAAAAUGAUGCGAUCGGGAAAGCUCUUGGGCACCACGAGGGAAGCUAUCGUGGCCAGAAUGCUGGAGAUCGAUCUCGAGAUACAUAAAUUGACAACGGAAAAACUCAAGUUACACGAGAUAUUGCAAAGUGACAUUCCUGAAAGUUCGACGGCAGGUGGCGGCGUGACAUCGAGAACAAAGGAAGACGACGCCGUUUUUAAUCAGCUUGAGACAUCGCCGACAUUGAGGCCGGCGCGAAACAACGAGAUGAGUGCCAAACAACAACAGGGCGAAGGUAAAAACUUACCUUCGCCUAAAAAAAGAAAGACGAUCUCUUCCCGCGUCUCUUCGGACGACGAGACAAAUUACGUUCAGAGAACGAAGAUGCCUGUGAUUCGAUGGAAGAAAAAGCCACGACUAGAGCAGACAAUCAGACGAGAUGGAGAUGAGGAACGGCAGGAGAAAAACCCUAACGAAGUUACGGAACAGCAGAGGGCAUCGACUUCCGACUUCGAUAAAAAGAUGAGAGACAGUCAUUCAAUUAAUGCGUCCAAAGGUAGCGGUGGUGACGUUCUGAAGAAAUCUGACUUGAGCGCAAUGACGAAUGAAAUAGAAGAAACUGCUGAAAAAUCUGACAAGGACAAGACUCGUAAUGUUGAUUCGAGACGCGCAAUCUGCUCGAAUGAAAAUAUGGACAAUCGUUCGGAAUCGCAGGACCUCACCGAGGAAGGAGAAAACGAGCGUGAGAAACAUUUUGAUAUUGACAAGCAAAAUGAUGCUCCGCCGCCGAGCGAGGUGGCGAAAAUAAAUUCUCAACCGUCAAGCGGACAGGUGCACAGCACACCGGAACCUUUGUCCAUAUAUUCCGACGACAGCACGUGGGAUUCUCUGGUGCAGAACACCGCGUCAGAGCUGCAUGAGAGCAGAAAGAUGACUCGGGGGCUCGCCCUGGUGGAUGAAACGUUCAAGAAAGAGCAGGAUAUAACGCGCAAGAUGAAGGCGAUCAUUCGCAAGAAAAAGAAGAAGCAAUUGGAUAAUUACUUGAGAAGGGUUAACAAUCUGACAAUGGAGGAAGAGGAAUUGCCUUUGUUCAAGUUGUACAUCAGAAAGUUGCGGCAGAAGCGAGACUUGCUCGAUUCGCUCAGCCAGAAGAAAGAGGAUAUUGCUGAUCCGAAGAACGUGGAUGAAGUGAUAAACGCCGUGGAAACGGAAAACAAGGUGGACGAUCUGUAUGAGCCUCAAUCGGAGACACGUGCUUCCACCGAUGUUCCAGCAACGUCCAAUGACGUUCCGGAAACGUUCAAUGACGUUCCGGCAAUGUCAAAUGAUGUUCCAGUAAGAUCCAAUGAUGUUCCAGCAACGUCCAAUGAUGUCCCAGCAACGUCCAAUGUUUCCUCCAUGUUGCAAUCUGAUAAUCAAUUUUAUGUUGACGCUGAAGCGAACGCCAAUUCAGACUGGCCUUGCCGAGAGAAGGAAAAUAUAGAGGAGACUACGGUGCAGCAAGACAGUAAUGAUGGAUCGAAUCACGUUUUCAAAGCUGUAAGCCAGGACAAAGUUCCUUUCUACGAUGAACAUAACGUGGAACCCGACAGUAGCGUCACUCCUGAGGAAACUCUAAUGAAAAGCCAUUCUUCGGACUGUGAGCGUGCCCGUCCAAAGGAUGCUAAUAAUAUUACGUCAUGCAAUUUUGACAUUAAAGUAUCCGUGCCCAAAGUUUUAAUUAAAGAUGAUUUCAGCCUGGGAUUGUUGCAGAAAUUUAAAGACACGGAGGGCAGUGUUGGCGGCGCUGGUUUGGUCGAUUCUACAACAAACGCCUUUCCGGCCAGCUCUGAAAAAUCGGAGGAAAGGGAUAAAAAUUCUUCACAAAAUGCUUCACAAGCCACUAAACCGACCGACGUGGAGGAGGACAAGAGAGAUGAGAAAGACGAAGCGAAGGAUGAACGUACGGUGGACGAAGCGAAUAAAAGGGACGAGACAGUCGACAAUGUAAGUAAUGUACCAUCCGCGCUACAAUCGAGCACUACAAAGUCUCCAGAUGCAACUGAGAACGAAGAAUCGGGCGACAGCGUUACAUCUAACCAGUACAAUAAGAUAGCGAUAAGAGAUAUAGAGCGUGAUUCAAGCAUUUCAGAUUCUACUGUAGAAAAGACAGAUGCGAAACAAAAAAGAUCAGAGGCCGAAUCCGAGCGAUUCUCAAAUGAUGCAACCGCUACGCAACAGGAUUGUGGAAAAAACGUGGAAAAUACAGCCGCCAACAGAGAAGAGAGUAGUAAUUCUGAAAGUAAGGCAGACGCGUUUGACAAGAACUUGGAUAACGAUCGAGGUACGAGCAGUCCCGUUCCGGUUGAUCGAGCGAAGGAAAAGUCGCAAGAAGCAUUCAACGAAGCAUUCAUCGAACAAAAUCCCGUCUUCGGUACGCAACCCUCUAUGCGGCAAGAUACAAUGACAAUUCCUACUGCAACUCCAGACAAAAGUUCCCUUUUCCCGGACAAGACUCGUGAUAAAGAGAAAGCCGAGAUUGGAGUCUCGGAAAAAGAACCGGUCAAGGAAAAUAUGGAUCGUACGUCAACUUCCUCCACCCUUUCGUUCAGCAAGGCGAUUGGAAAGGGCGGAGACAAAAAACUUCGUCGCAAAUACAGUAAUGCAACGCCGAUUCGUAGAAGCACCAGAAACUCCAACGAAAAUGUCAAACUUGGUAAGAUAAACGACAUUGAUACGAAUUCGAACAGCAGUGAACAGGAAUUGAGCGUUCUUCACGAAAACAGUUUAAUAACGCAAGGCGAAAGCAAGUCUCCUACGUGGAUAAUGCGCGAUGAAAAAACUCCGAGCAACGUUAAAAAGAAUCGUACCACACAAAAGAACGUUCAAAACAACCGAAAAGCGUUCGUUAAUGAUGGAUCUGAAGCGAAGAUUGAAAAUCCGGUUAAUCGUUCCGAUACAGUUACGGAAUCUAAGAUUAGAACUGCGGAAAUCGCAAGGAAGAGGAAACAUACGGAAUGGCAAAUGAGGAAUUGCAAAGUGAGAUUGGUGGAUUGUAAAUCCAUUCUCUCGAAGUAUAUCAGUUCCGAAAUUCUGAAUAAAUUAGGAAUAAUUGCUAUUAAUCCUAACACAUCGAGUAACGGAACAUCAUGUACGCAGUAUGCUACAUCAUGUCAUCAGAAUACAACGACAAUUCCCAAUACGGCUUCAGAUAAAAGUCCUCUUUUGCCGGAAAAGAUUUGCGGUAAAGAGAAAACCAAGAUUGAAACCUUAGAAGAGAAGUCAACCAAGGAAAGUACUGACAACAAUUUCGCUCAAAAAUCCGUUUCACAUACAAUGGAGAUCGACAAGGAGGAAUCAUCGAGAACGCAAUAUACGGUCCACAAAGGUCCUAUUUUAGACAUCAAGAUUUUUGAAAACUCCUUCCUAGCAGCAAGUGAAGAUGGCAAAAUAUACAGAUAUAGUCAACUGUCUAAUGGAAUAUUGAAUAUCUACAAAGGUCACAAAUCUGCAGUCACGUGUCUAUACAUUUGUAGAUCAGAUAUUGCAGGAGUUAACAAAGAAUUCAUGUAUUCUGGUUCCUUAGACGGCACUUUGCGUUGUUAUAACAUAACGACUGGCGCAUUGGUAAGAAACCCAGUGCAAAUAAACAGUCCAAUUCAGUGCAUGGAUGAAGCAUGGGGAAUGAUUUUCAUUGGAACUAAAUCAGGACAUAUACGAAUUUUUUAUUUGCAGACUGGUGUCGUUAAAGGAAGCAGUAUCUCGUUUUCGGAUAAGUCUGUACUUGCACUUAAAGCGACAAAUGAAGGACCACGAAAAAUCCUCAUUGUGGCGUCUCGAAAUCAACCGAUAACUAUACGCGAUGCACAGACUGGUUUGUUUCUACGCACAAUUAGUGGUCAGAAAACUCAUACGGUUUAUAGUUUGUUACAUCAUCAUAAUUUGAUCUAUUGUGGUACAAGCAGUACGUCUAUAAACGUUUUCGAUUUUACGACCGGUGAGCAAGCAGUUCAAUAUGAUGCCGGUGUUGGCAUUGUAUGUAUGCGGCUUUAUAAACAAUUACUCUUCGCAGGUUGUUACAACGGCAAUAUUUAUGUUUUUGAUAUAAGUACUCACAAAUUAGUAUGUAGCAUACAUGGUCCAGGGAAUAUGUUAUUGAGUAUGGAGGUUGUAAAUAAUAAGAUUAUAGCUGGAAGUAAAGACAAGCGUUUACAUUCUUGGGAAAUGCCAAUCCAAGUGCGUGCCUUACUUUAAACAAUGCCAUAGCACGCUUAGAAAUCUUCUAUUUCAAAAAUAACUAUUUGAAGAAAAUGGCCAACUCAACAAUUUACAGCGACCGAGUUACAUUGGACAAGUGUGUAAAGCAGUAUAAAUUUAUGAUGAAAACAGUAUAAAACUUACAAUACCGAAGAUAUGUUUUAAUAAUGUGUGUGUAUGUCUAUAUAUUUUCUAACUUUUUCAUUAUGAAUAGCGUCAUACCAUCAUAUUUUAUGCAAAUUUAUAUUAUGUAUUUAAUAAGUACAUGUUACAUAAAACACAAGAUGCUAAAUGAUUAUUUAUAAUUUAUAAUGCUAGAGAAACAAUAUAAAAACUAUUUAUAGUGGAAAAGUUCUUGCGCCAAAAUUGUUUUCAUUAUCUAUUAUCAGUAUACAAGAUAACAUAUCUAUGUAAAUGUAAAGUGUACAUUUGUAAAGAAUUUAGACUGAACUGAUGCAAUAAUGAAAAUUAUGCUGCUAUGUAUGCUUUGCACUCACAAAAGACUUAGGAAAGUUUUUAUGAACUAUGUACUUGUCCACCAAAAUAUUAUGACAUUUCAUAUAUGCAUAGCAAAUUUUAUGCCAACGCGUCAACAUUUUAGUAAGCUGUUUAAAAAAUGAGACUGGUAUGCACAUAGUUAAAAAUGCAGAAUGCAAAAUGCAUAACGAAUUCGUGUCAUUCGAAGGUUUAUAUGAACUCUGUUAAAAGAUAUUCUUGUUCCUUGUUGGUGUUUCACAAAGAUUUGUUACUCUGUUACCCGUUCCUAGAAAGAUAUAUGUCUAAAAAGAUUGUAUCAUGUGUUGUACAUCAACAAGAACACCAUGUUUUUUCUUUUUUUUUCUUUCAAUACCUUAUGUAUUUUAAAUGAAAACAAUUUUAUUUUAUUGUAAGACAUUAGCUAAUGUAAAUAAGGGAUUUUACUAAAAUAUGUAACAAAUCUCUUUAAUUUGUUUAAAAAAAUAUGGAACUUUAAUUGAAGAAGGGACAAUGUUUAUGCAUAUGUCAUGUAAAAAGGAUAUAAGCAAGAGAACAUUACAUUUAAUAAAUUUUGAACUUCUACGGUGA